AUGGAUAUUUCUGUUCAAACUCCAAGUUCUUUGUUUACUUUAUUCCUCGAUCAACCGCCCAGUUGUUUGGAAUUCUGUCCAACGGCUCCCGACCAUCUCCUCAUCUCCACCUAUCUCCUCAAUGAGGUCCCAGAAGAAGGAUCACCAGCUCCGACACAAGUCCGCACGGGGAGCCUGCAGCUUUUCAAAUUGGACACGCAUUCAUGUCAACUUUCCCCGGUACAGAGCUUGCCUUUAGAUUCGGCAGUUUUCGACUUUCAGUUCUCGCCGCGAGAUCCCAGCUUAUUUGCUGUUGCAUUAAGCAAAUCGGUGGUAUCGCUCUAUCGGAUAGAAAUAUCCAAUGAUGAGCUGAACCUCUCUGCGAGGAUAGUAUUUGUCCGCUCCAUAAAUAUCCAUGAGGACGCAGCUCAGCUUGCGCUAUGUCUUGCCUGGAUUCCAACGGGAAGCCGCCAGCAGAAUAAAGAAGACACCCCGGAUAUCAAAGAUGGCUUUGCAGUUUCAUUUUCAGACGGGAGAGUUUCGGUAUUUUACACCAAAUCAGACAUCGGGACCCAUGAUGAUGCCAAACUGUCUGAGAUUCAACUCGGAGGCUUUCCCAUUGAGUCGACUGGGGAUGAACAACUUCCCGUUUUAUUUGCCGGCAACGACAUGCAUCAUAUCCGCGGGGCCACUUUGACUGAGAUGGACUGCACCGACGAUGUAUCCUCUCGUUCAUGGCAACUAGAUGACCGUGGUCGACAUCAUGACGCGGGCGUUACGGCGAUUCUCCCGCUCUUCGCUGAUGAGACCGGCAUCAUUAUCCUGACGGGAAGCUAUGACGAAAAUAUCCGGGUUUAUCACUUCAAAGGUCGAGCCGAAGUCCUAGCUUCCAAGAAUCUAGGCGGAGGAGUCUGGCGGCUCAGACUAAUUCAAAUCGAGGAUUCACAAGCUACGGAUAUUCGUUCUCGUCAUUAUCAGUCGGACUUGGACCUGAGACGUAGCUACCUAAUCUUAGCCAGCUGUAUGCAUGGUGGAGCCAGGCUGCUCCGGGUAAGCUAUUUUGCUAGCAGAGGAAAUUCCCAGGAUGGAGAAGGGAAGUGGGAGAUCAACUUGCUCGCUGAGUUCAAAGAACACCAGAGUAUGAACUAUGCGUCAGACUUUUACAGAGGUGGACAAAAGGGAGACGGGCCGGAAAACUCGGCAGAAGAGUGCCCAGUGCUUUGUGUGACGAGCAGCUUCUACGAUAAAAGAGUCUGUGUAUGGAAAGCCAAUAUCUGA